UUAUAUUUGCCCCAAACCAUUCGCGGACUCGUCUCAAGACGCAAAUGCACAAGAUGACAAUAAAGUUUUCCAUAUCUCACCGCAGUCUCCAUGAGAACCCUUACAGGCUUGAUGACAAGCCAGUCGCGAGAUUCCAAUUUCGCACCCCUAAGCGGUCGAUCGUCGCGUGCGCCAGCGAACGACUCUCAUGAUCGAGAGACGUUCCACGCGGGUACACGAUCGAGGUAAUCGGGCGAUAAAUUAACAUUCAUAAAAUCCAUGACGUCCACCUCCUCGUCGGUGUGGCACCCCUCGCGAUAACGAUUGCAAUCGCCGUAUCACGCCGCGGCGGCGCAAUAUUAUCGCGACCUUGACGAUCGACGUAUUCGGGCAUGAUGAGGCGGAUCCCGGCCUCCAUAGAAAAAAGCUCCGGCCCUUGCUGGACAGCAAGCACCACGAAGCCGGAUUCCGAUGACCGCGACCUCGGCGACACUCGCGUGACCAGUUUUCGCGGCGGUGGUCUUCGGCGACGUCGGCGACUUCGCAAAUUUGCGAAGGAAGAGGAAGAGAAGCGGACACCGCAGGGCGUGGUUGCACGCCACUGGCACUGCAUAUAUAAAGUGUCCUGGCUUUGCGUCGAAUCGAAGAUACCCGUGUCUUCGAUACGAUCGCCAUGAAGAGCGCAACCCUUUUGCUCGUCCUUUGUCUGAUCGCUACCGGCCUUGCCAGGCCGCCGGUGUUCCUCAGCUAUCAGGACAGCCUGGGUCAAUACAGUUUCGGCUACAGCGCGCCGGGAUCGGCCAGGUCAGAGGUCAGGACGUCCGACGGCGCGACCAGAGGUACUUACAGCUACGUCGACGAAACCGGCGUCAUCCAGACCGCACAGUACGUCGCCGGUGUAAAUGGCUUCCGAGUGACUGCCACAAAUCUACCACAGGCGCCACUUCCGGUCCAGGAUACACCGGAAGUGAUGGCUGCCCGCGUCGCGCAUCUCCAGGCUCUGGAAAUGGCAACGAGGAGAGACGAACAGGCACACAGUCACGGAGAACAUCGAGAGAAUGCGCAGGAAAGGAAGAUCGAAGGAAACCAAGAUGACGGGAAUCUCGAUAAGACACAGGAACAACCGGAAGCUAAAUCCGCGCAGGAUCUGCUGAAAGCGGAGCAACAGGACAGUGAAGUGGACAAUACGGGGAACCUUGAACCGCAAAAGGAAAAUGAUGAAACUCUGCAAGCGAUUGCUACCAAAAGCGGCGUCGACAAGAAAAGCGAAAAGAAUUUGCAGGGCAUCCGCAUUCAGGAAUCCAGCGGAAGGGCGACGCAGGAAAUUAUCGUCGGCGCAAACAUCCCAGCGAUCCCAUUAAUUUCCUCUCACGUGCUGUUACCUCAGGCACUGGGCCAACACGCGGUGCCGGUAUUUCGGAUCUCCCAUGGAAACCAUGAGAUCGAACCUUCUGCCAUUCCGGAGUCAUCGAUCGCCCAAGGUGCUUCCGGUGUGAUCACCCCAGCGGCAACCACCCUGCAGAGCGGAGGAACGUCGAUUGAGGGGGCAACCACGCCAAUAAAGACAGGACCACAGACGCAACGCGCAAAUGUACAAGCUCAAAUUGCCAAUACUGUAAUUGCACCGCUGAGCGUAAUUCCGCUGAGUUCCGCGCAUUCGAGUUUCAUUAGAUACGUAUCGCCGGCAUCUCUUCACUACGUCACGUACAACGUUCUGUGAAUGCGAAAUGUAUCCGGGAACGUGUAGCUCGAUACCAUACGCGACCAUGCACGUGGAACAAAUAAAAGAUCGGACGAUCUGAAAUAAUCAGACUGCACUGAUAUCCCCUUUGCGUGUGUUUGUCAAGAUAUUUUUAUUCUUCUUUACAAAAUAAUGCAGGAUGCUGUCGGACAAUACAACGGAGUAAUAGUACGCGUAAUCGAUACUAAGGAUAAGGAUAAUCAAAAUCAGCAUCGUCGUCGCCAUCACCACCAUCGCCGCCAUCGCCACCAUCGUCGCGCUUGUUACGCUAGUGGAAACACAUUGGUACUUAUCGGCGUAAAAUGUUAUAGUAUUAAAUAGAAAAGGGAUAUUAAAGAAACAAAAGAUCGCAGCUUCUUCCUCGUAAUGGAAUUGAUAAUUAAUGUAAUGCUUAAUUAUAAAAUUAUCAAUUACGUAACUGCGCCGUGUAACAGCUGCUCUGCACAAAAGGACGUUAAUGAUCGAUUAAGGCAAAUCACGUUUUCAAUAUUUUAAUUACAUUUAGGAGAUUUUGGACGAGACAAUUUACAGGCUCGAAAAAUACCUUGUCUCAAAAGUUUACUCAGUUUCACCUGUUUCUGAGGAGAUUCUCGAAUUCUCAGAAUUAAUCCAAGAAAUUAAUUAAAGCAGCUGGAGAUCCGAACGCAAGAAAUCAACGCAACUGCUCCGCUGGAGACAUGCUCGCUUCUUUGAAUUUCGAGACGUUAGACAAUAAUGUCAAUCGGAAAAGUUACACGAACUACGGUUUAUUGGCCCGAUUUAUAUUCCUAGAUAUUCCUGUGCGCCGGGAGGGGCUGCAUAAUAUAAUUACAAGAUGUAAGCUCGAGGAACCGCGGCCUGCGUGAAUAAAUUCGUUACCACGGCAGAAGGAAUCUCGACGACUGCAGGCGCAUCCGGAAUUAAUUACAGCUGAUAGAUCGAUGUUGCAACUAUAUCCGCUUCUCGCGCGCACGUCGAAGCGAGAAUACUGAAAUUGCGCUCGUCGUGAUAGUGGCAUAAUCGCACUCGCAAUCGAUGCGGUAAUCUGGACAACGGAAACAGGCAGUAAUGUGAUAUGGCUGUCGGUACGAUUCACGUUCACCGCUCUCGUUAAUAAUCAUGAUAAUGGCAAUUAUGUGUAUACAAUAAUGACGUAAUAAUACAAAAAUAAUAAUACAAACUAAUAAAAUUAUAUUAAUAGCGACGCGCGUUUGUGUUGGGGGAAGAGUUGUAACGACGUAAAUUGGUAUCUGUACCUCUGCACGCCUCGCCGUUGCCAUUUUUCUAUACAUAACAUUCUCUCUUUUACAUAUAUAUAUUUAUAUAUAUAUAUAAAUCUAAAUUUUAAUAUAUGUAUUUAUAAUGUUCAUAUUUAUAUAUAACACACUUGUUCUAGACGUCAAACGCAUUGACUUCGAAGCUCGGCUGAUCGAUACCCUCCGAUCCUCGUCGCGCAUACCCUUCUGUUUUUUUUUGCUUUUUUAAUUUACUUAUCUGCAUUACAUCACCUGCUCGGUUGCCUCCUACUCUCUUCCCUCCUCCGAUAUGCAUGCACUAUGCUGCUAGCAGUGAUAGAUAAUGUAUCAGUUGCAGCAAUGUACGGAACGUUAUUAUUAUAUUCGGCUAACAUUACGCGAAUGUCUCGAAUAUAUUUAAAUUAGGAGAUAUAUAUAUAUAUAUAUUCCUCUCAAAGUAUCCAUUUAUAUCUGGCGAAUACACAUUUGUACCUAUAAACGUUGCUUGCUGCAAUAUUCUCAGCCGCGCCGAACAUCCGUAAGCCUUAAAAUCGCGCAGGUCAAUAAAAUCUGCAAUUAAAAUCGUUCGAGAAAUGCCCUGAAAAGCUACUCUUAUUAAUCUCCCGCGCGGUUUUAAGGGGAUCUCACGUUCCAUCCCUUACGUCUACACGAGCUAAAUUAUAUCAGAACAUACACGAAAACAAGAUAUAGAAUUUAUAUAUAAGCACAAACUACCACGAACGCGACUCAUCACGAUGUUCGCCGUUACUGCACGCAGCAACAACCAGAAUACUUUUGCAAAAGAUAAAAUAUUAUCGCUUAACGUGCAUGAGCAAUAUCGCAACAAUAUCUCAAUAUCCUUUCCUCCGUGAGCCUUUUGUUCGUGUGACACAAUCUUCACGUCCAAUCGUCUCUGCCAUCGCUCAAUCAUCUAAAUCUAUAUCGACUCCGCUGCCCUUAGCUGACAAAUGCUUGGCGACACUUCGUGGUAGCGAAAAUAGUCUCGAGAAGAGAUUACCUGUCGAUCUUCUCUUCUUCAGGAGCGCCGCUAGGAUCGCAAAAUAAAUUGUCUGAACGAGCGAUUUCGAAAAGGCAGGGAACUUUGUUCGAUUAAUCAGUCGACGAUUAAACUUCAAUAAAAUCAAUAAAACUUAUUCGCGGUAAAUCCUUCGAAAAUGCACUGCGACAGCAGUCGUGCAGCAUCUGCUGCGUCGGAAAUGUUACAUGCCAAGAGGACCAUUUACGUGAGUUUUCACAGCUUUACAUCUCUCGCUAAUGUCAGUUUAUCCUGAGAAUCGGACGCACCACGUUCACCGGCAUCGUCUGUUUGCUUUUGAUCGCGGUGCCUUCGAUCGCAAUGCCUUACUCUAUUUAACGUGUGGAUGGUCUUCUCUGAUAAAUAUUAACGAAAAAGCAGAUGAUCGGACGACGUAAUUUCCCGGAUCUCGCAAGGGCACCGGCGAUUUACGCGAGAAAAGACGCUUCGACGGAGCCUUUAUCCGCAUGCCCGUGGUGCAGUAUCACUGUACGGCCUUAUAAAAAUUUUGUGAUUUGAUUUAUGAUUUGUGAAUCUUCGUGAUUCCUUAAUUUGAAAAUUUCAUUAAUAAUGCUCUUCCUAUGGUUCCCCCGAAUGGAAAAAAGCGACGCGCAACGCGGCCCAUCGAAUAUUGAUAAAUUUUCCUCUCUUUCUCUUUUGUUUGUCUCUCUAUUAUAUUUCUUUUGCUAAAUCUCGCGAAAUUACUGCUGACUUACCUGACGA